AUGGCGCCUGCACUGCACAUGCUCACCCAGACCAUCACCCAGGACUCGACCACCUUCACCACCACAUUUCCUCUGGGGAGUAUCGAUCCGGAGCCAACCGCUCACUUGGUGACGUUCACUCUCACGAGCCCUUCGACCACAGUUGUGAAAGUGGACAUCGCAGCGACACCAACUGGAACUGAACAGACCAAGAACAGCGAUGGAGGGCUGUCCAAUGAAGCAAAGGGCGCCAUUGCAGGAUCCAUUACAGGCACAGCAAUCUUGAUCUUGCUUCUCUAUUGUUGCUGCCGGCGCACCCCAGUCUCCCCACCAUCUUCUCCGCGAGUCCGCCCUGUCUUGCCUACUAGACACCCUCCCAGGCUGCCAGAGGAGCCGACAUCAGGACCGACGAAUCCUCCUUCAGAAAAAGACCCAGUUGAGCCCGCUGCACCUUCUGCUCCGGUUGCUCCGCCUACAGACACGGUCCAACGGCCACGUCCAUCAACCACUCGGCCGCAGCGAGAUCCCCAGCGGCACACCAUCGAAAUGCCAUCCAUGUAUCAGCGUGUCGUUGGAAUCAAUUCCAACACCCAAAUUGGCGUCCACGGAGGCAAAAAGAGGCCCCCGAAACCAUUCAUGACUCGACCCCUGGCACGGACGAGGACUUGGUGGCUGCCGGACCCGAUCACGCGAAGUCCAAAAAAGAGUCGGCCCGCUGAAGAAUCAGCGCUGUGA